GUUGCAGUUGGGAAGAGGCGUUGAGGACUAGUGACUCAUCUCCCGACUAAAAGGUGGAGCUUCCCUCCAGGAACACCAUUAUUCUCACACAUAUAGAGUUACAAGCAAACAGCGCCUGCUGAGCCAGAAGGGGAGAACUUACUAACUUCCGUUCGCUUUAUAAGCCCCAGAAACACCACCCCCGUCCUCAAUAGUUAACUGGGAGCAAGCGAGCACUGCCGUUCCACCUUAAAUCCCUUAUCAGCCGCUCGUCGCGCUGACCAAUAAUAUCCUUAAUCCUAGGAUGGGAGGAGCAACGAGCAAAAUAUGCUAAAUAAUUGUGAUUCAUUUGCAUAACUGUUGAAACGGCCAAUAUGCGGAUUGGCCGGCGGGGAGAAAAAAAGCCGCUCGGCGCAUCCGGCCCCCCGCUUCCCGGUAGGAGGUGUGGCCAAAAGGGAGUGGGAGGAGAGAUCGGUGCUCAUUUGCAUAACGGCCAAACGUAUGCUGUAGGUUGUGUUUUUUUGAAUCGGCGGCGGCAGCGGAGGCAGACGGCAGCGAUCGUGGGCAGAGCUCUAAAGCGCGGGCGGUGGCGGCGGAGGACGCGCGCGCAGGUACCACUCGGACUCUGAAGGGCAGGGAGGGAGCGGGGCUGCUGGGGACGAGUCAGGGCUUGCGUCGGAAACGGCGGCAACCAACGGCAGUUUUACCAGAAAGCAACUGGACUAGUCACCUCAGGCUGCGUUUUGUUGCGAGGGGAAGGCUUCUUCUUUUCUCCCGGAUUCCUCCAACCUGCUUCUCACGGAUCUCGGCUGCUCUGGAGGAUCCCUGCGGCGCUCUGCUGCCCCCAGCGGCAGCUCCUGGUUGCUUCUUUCCCCACCCCCACCCACGCGCUGCCUGUCUGGCCGGGAGGAGGAGGAGCCCUCCCUGCUGGCAGGAAGUGCUUGCUCCCGGACAUGCGCAGUGCGUAAGCGCGCGCGAAGCCCUCGCCUGUAGCUCUCGUGGGGUGGAGAGGCGCCACGAGGAGCUGAGGCUUCCGAGCGAGCUGCCGUUCGCUUUGCUUCUAAGCACACGAGGACGAAUAAGCUGGAAGUCGGAGCAAUCGAAUCAAGAUGGAAAACAAUGAAGAACGUCAAAGAAAGGUUUUUAAGGCCCGCAAAACCAUGAGAGCAAGUGACAGGCAGCAGCUUGAGAGUGUCUAUAAAGUAAAGGAGGAACUUCUGAAAACCACAGAUGUCAAGUUGUUAAAUGGGAAACAUGAAAACGGGGAUUCAGAUCUUAAUUCCCCGUUACUCAUUUCUGAAUGUACUGAGGGCAAAGAAGUGAACGGCAUAGAAGAUUUAUGCCUUGACUCCGAAGGACAAAAAAUGGACUCUGAAGAACUCACGGAUGCCAAAAGUCCAGAUGUGAAAGAGAACCAGCUGAGUGACCUGACUCCUAAACUUGAAACCCUGACCCCUGAGAACAUUGUUUCUGAGCAAGAACAUGAGGAUGCUAGCACUACUCCAGGCUCUGAUCCUGAAAAUCAGGUGCUUGACUGUAAUAUUGAUAAUGACUUGCAGGACGAAGUCAAAGUCAAUGAUGAUUUGGACCACAAAGAUAAUUGUAUAAAAGACGUUUUGGACCAGAAAGCCACACCAAGCGAGCCUGAAGAGGAAAGCAAAGUAAGCUGUGAUAUUAAUGACAGCUCAGUAGAACCAGUAGAAAAAAAUGAGUUAGCUCUUGCUCCUGAUACACCUAUGGAAGAAGAAAAGAGUACCAAGGAAACUCUUCUAAAAGAGAACAUUGAUGAGGAAGCAAUAUCUAGUAGUAUUGAUACAGAUGUAAAUCCAAAGGAGGAAGCUACUCAAUCUGCAGAACCUCUAGAGACCAGCACUCAAAAAGCUGUAGAAGAUGAACCAGCAGAAAACAUUUUGGGAAAUACAGCCACAAUGGAAACAGAGGAAAUUAUUCCAAUUUUAGAAAAGCUGGCUCCAGCAGGUGAAUUAAGUUGUUUCCCCAAAUCUACUAUGCUUCCAGUAGAAAAUUCUAACUUUGAUGCAGAAGAUAAAGCAGAAAACCCAUUAAAUUCUUUAGCCAAACAUGAAAGCAGCGAAAGUUUGCCCAAAGAAGCUUUCUUGGUACUUUCAGAUGAAGAGGAACUCUGUUCUGUUAAAGAAGCUGAAGUGAUAAUGACGAAUGAUUCAACCCCUUCAGAAGUCAAAGAUGAUGAAAAAGAACUGGAAAAAAUAGAAGAAAAGGAGCAUGACAAGGAGGAAGAGAGACCACCAGAAAAAGGUGAGGCAUCAAGAAGAAAGCGUUCCAAAUCAGAGGAUAUGGACAAUGUCCAUUCUAAACGCCGUCGACAUACGGGUGAAGAAUAUGAAGCAGAAUUUGAAGUAAAAAUUACAACCAGAGGAGAUAUUAACCAGAAGCUAGAAAAGGUCAUCCAGCGGUUGCUAGAAGAAAAGUUCAACGCGCUGCAGUGCGCUGUGUUUGAUAAAAAUCUAGCAGAUCUGAAAACCAGAGUAGAUAAGAUUGAAUGUAGCAAGAGACAUAAAACUGUCCUUACCGAAUUACAGGCUAAAAUUGCAAGAUUAACUAGACGUUUUGGAGCAGCCAGAGAGGAUUCAAAGAAAAGACAAGAAAAUCUACAAAACACACCCCAUUCCCCAGGAAAAGCAGUGGGCGACACAGGCAAUAUCAACAGCAUGGCGUAUCGAAAUGCCGGAACAGUGAGACAAAUGCUGGAGUCCAAGAGAAAUGUAGGCGAUACCACAUCAAAUACUUUACAGUCCCCUGUGAAUACAGUGUCUGCUAUCCCUCUUAGUACUCCACAGACAGCCGUCAGUGGACAUCCGAAACCACAGACUCCUGUCACCUCUGCACCAUUGACUUCUGGCUCCUUGUCAACUUCUGUUCUACCUGCGGCCAACACAGCAACAGUAGUCGGCACGAGUCAAGUGGCUGGUGGAAGCGCACAGCCAAUGUCUGUUUCAUUGCAGUCUUUGCCAGUAAUACUGCAUGUACCUGUUGCAAUGUCCUCCCAGCCUCAGAUCCUGCAAGGCCAUACUGGUACUUUGGUUACUAACCAGCAAUCUGGCAACGUGGAAUUUAUACCUGUACAAAGUCAAUCUAAUGUUGGCAACUUGACCAAAACUCCAUUGUCUCUGUCAUCGGCUAAUUCAAUAAAACCAAGCAGCUCAUCUGUGCCCAGCUCUAACAUUCAGAGGAACUCUUCAGCCGGUGUUGGGUGUUCUAUAGGGACAACUCUAGCUGUGCAGGCUGUAUCAACAGCACACCCUGUUGCACAAGCCGCAAGGACUACUUUGGCUACUGUAAGCACAUCAGGGGUGUAUACUCCUCCCAUCAAUAGGAAUUCCAUACAGAUGAAGAUACCUCUGUCAGCCUUCAGCAGUACAACUCCUUCGGAAGCAAGCACUGCAGCAACACCUAGAGUUGAGAGUCAAACAUCCAGGUUGCUACUGCCUUCGCUGCCACCAGCAGAUAUUUCAGCAAACAAAAAAGGACCUGAGACAGCUGCACAGAGUGGAAAGGCCACAGGCAGUGGAGUAAUUGAUCUCACACUGGAUGAUGAAGAUGAUGGCUCUUCUCAAGCAGGUGGCAAGAAGCAGAACCAAUCUAUACCUGCAUUGAGCCUGUCAACCCAGUCUUUAGCUCGUCCUCUGCAGCCAGUACAGACAAGCCCUCUCCAACAAGCAGGCAUGCCAACAACUGGCCUGUCGCAGACAACCAUACAUGUUCUCCCCACAGCCCAGACAACUGUGAAUGUAACCCAUCGUCCAGUGACUCAGACUCCUGCCAGGCUCCCAAUACCAAGAGCCCCUGCUAACCAUCAAGUAGUCUAUACUACUCUUCCUACACCAUCAGGACAGAAUCCUGUGCGAACCACAGUCAUGCAGAGCCCUAGUUUAAGGCAGGUCAACCCACAAAACUCUGGUGUGACAGUAAGAGUGCCUCAGACAACUGCGUAUGUUGUAAACAAUGGGCUAACCUUGGGAUCUGGAGGACCUCAACUCACAGUUCACCAUCGGCCAGCUCAAGUGCAUUCAGAGCCACUGCGGCCUGUGCACCCAGCCCCACUGCCAGAGGCCCCACAGCCAUCACGCUUGCCUCCUGAAGCUGCCAACACCUCUCUGCCUCAGAAGCCACACCUGAAGCUAGCACGUGUAGAAAGUCAGAAUGGCAUAGUUCUAUCCUGGAGUGUUUUGGAAGUGGACCGGAGCUGUGCCAGUGUGGAUAGCUACCAUCUGUAUGCAUACCAUGAGGACCCCAGUGCUACUGUGCCCUCUCAGUGGAAAAAGAUUGGGGAAGUAAAAGCCCUCCCCCUGCCUAUGGCAUGCACACUUACACAGUUUGUGUCUGGAAGCAAAUACUACUUUGCAGUUCGUGCUAAAGACAUCUACGGACGCUUUGGACCCUUCUGUGAUCCCCAGUCAACAGAUGUGAUUGCUUCUCAAAGCAGUUAAACUUCAGACUCUGAAGGCUUCUACUCUUGCCCCACAAUUGUGGCUUACUCUGGUUUUGGGUUUAUUCUCAUGCAUGAAACUCACUGUAAAAAAUCCCCCCUGCAGGAUUGUUUUGGACAGCAAUGUCAUACACUACACAAACUCCAUAACCAAAACCAAAAUAAAUUCCUAGCCUGCAGUGGGAGAGCCUGUAUUUCUGAUAAGCUCUUGAAGUACAAAGUCCUCUCUCCUUCCCUCACAAGCUGCUCUGCCUGUUAAGCCGUAAGACAGUGACCCCUGGGAAUUUGACUUCCAACUGAUGUAGGCUGAAGAGGAGUGUCAUGCACAGGCCAAAGGGCAGGAGGAGUGUUCAAGGGUCAGGUUACGAGGGAAGUCAGGAUUCAGGGUCUUGCUUUCUUUUGUUUUGGAACAGUGACUAGUCUUACAAGGCACAGCCUGCUUUCUAGAAGGCAAAAGACCUUGUAUGUGGCCAGUGCUUGAGACAUGUAGGUGUGUCUGCUUAUUUGAGGGGUGGGGGAUUAAGCAGCCCUCUGGCUGGUUUGUAGAAUACUUGCCACCAAAACCAGGGAACAUUCUGAAGCCAGUCUGAAAACAGAUUUAUAGAAAACUUCAAUUGCAUUUCCAAUAGUUUCCUGAUCCUCAUCUCUAUGUCCUCUUUUUAAAAAAAGAUUUAUUUGUGCCUUAAAACAAUAAUUUCAAAAGUAAAUGUAGUCACACAUCA